AUGGAAGAAGAUCUAUAUGAUACACCAUGGGAAUUUAAAAACAAGACAUUUGCUGAAAAUAUUGCUGUUAUUGAGGCAGCUACAGCAAACACUUCAAACUUGAUUAUACCAACUAAAAUAUCAUCAAAGCAUAGUAAUAACAAAAGAAUAUCAGAAAGUAAUUCUUUAUCUAUAUCAUCAUCUACAAACUCAUCUCCUACAUUAAAUAAUAAUGAAAAAAAAUUUUCCAUUAAAAUUACAAAAGAAAAUUUUGAUAAUAAUUGUUUUAUUGAUGAUAUUAAAUUAAAGAAAGAUACAGAUAAAGGAUCUCCAAGAAAUUAUGAACAAAAAUUAAAUAAUGAUACAAUUAAUUGUAAUAAUUCAAAAAAUAUUUUAGCUACUGUUGUCCCAGUUAAUAUUGAUAAAGAUACACAAAAAAUAUUUUGCAAUAAUCAUAAUAUAUCUUCAAAAAAUUCAAACAAAAAAGAUGAUUGUAAAAAAGAUAAAAUAAGUAAUAGAAUUGACUAUAAACUAGCAAUUGACAAUGGAACUUGUCUUUUAAAAGAAGAUUUGAAAUAUGGUAAUCAUCAUAGUAGUAAUAUACAAAGAAAGCAGGAAACAAGUAAUGAUAACAAAUUACUCACCUCGAUAAAUUCGAAUCCAUCAUCACCAUUUGAAGUUGUUUUGAUUACAACACGACCAUCCUCAACAUCACCAUUAAAUAAUCAAUCUCCUAAAGCAACUAUUAAAGAGAAAUCAUCACCUCUUUCACGGCAUACAACAAUAUUGACAACAAAACCAUCUUCUCCCAAACAUCAUAAACAACCAACUUCGUAUCACCGAUCAUCUCAUAGUGAUACAAUAGACAUUCCAAAUUUAGAAAAUACCUGUAAUAAUCAACCUUCAUUUAAUGUACAGGGACAAAAAUCUUCAACAAAUAAAUAUCAUUCACAUCUAAUUAAAAAAAAUAAAAUAGAUACUGAAGACAUGAUUAUUCAUAAUAAUGUUGAUAGAACAAUUGCAGAAAUGAUUCUCCAAAAUAAAGAUACGGGAUAUUUUUUAUUAAGAAAAAGAUCAGAAGGUAGUAUGGCAAUGUCUUUAAAAGGUAAUUCGGGUAUACUUCACAUCAAAUUAGAACAAAGAUCAGGAAAAUGGAUUUUAGGAGAAGGUCCUACAUUUAGUUCUAUAUCAUCUGUCAUUAAAUAUUAUAGAAAUCAUGAAUUACCUAUUAGAGGUGCUGAUCAUAUUAUACUUCGUAAUCCUAUAUUAGUUCAGAUGGAUGAUGGUAAAUUCUUUUGUUAA